AUGCUGGCGGUGGGGCAAAUGGAUGGCAGCCCCCGGCAGAGCGCCUUCCUGCUCAGCAGCCCGCCGCUGGCCGCCUUGCACAGCAUGGCCGAGAUGAAGACGCCCCUGUACCCCGCGGCCGCCUACCCGCUGCCUUCCCCCGCCGCCGCCGCCGCCGGGCCUAGCGGGCCUUCGUCCUUGUCCUCGUCGUCGUCCUCGUCGUCUUCGGCGUCCGCCUCGCCUUCCCCGCCGCUGGGCUCCCCGACGCCGGCCGGCCUGCGUCCCCACAGCGCGGGGGCCCUGUCGGCGCUGGGCUGCCCCCCGCCGCAGCUCUCGGCCGCCACCCCGCACGGCAUCAACGACAUCCUGAGCCGGCCGUCCAUGCCGCCGCUCGGCGCCGCCGCCGCCUCCUCCUCCUCGUCGGCCUCCGCCGCCGCCUCGACGUCCGCCUCGCCGGCCGCCGGCCUGCUGGCGGGGCUGCCUCGCUUCAGCAGCCUCAGCCCGCCGCCGCCGCCGCCGGGCCUCUACUUCAGCCCCAGCGCCGCCGCCGCCGUGGCCGCCGUGGGCCGCUACCCCAAGCCGCUGGCCGAGCUGCCCGGGAGGACGCCCAUCUUCUGGCCCGGCGUGAUGCAGAGCCCGCCCUGGAGGGACGCGCGACUGGCUUGCACGCCGCAUCAAGGCUCAAUUUUGCUGGAUAAAGACGGCAAAAGGAAACAUACAAGACCUACAUUUUCCGGCCAGCAGAUCUUCGCUUUAGAAAAGACUUUUGAGCAAACGAAAUACUUAGCUGGGCCGGAAAGAGCGAGACUCGCCUACUCACUGGGGAUGACAGAAAGUCAAGUCAAGGUUUGGUUCCAGAACCGGCGGACCAAGUGGCGGAAGAAACACGCGGCCGAGAUGGCCACGGCCAAGAAGAAGCAGGACUCGGAGACGGAGCGGCUGAAGGGCGCCUCGGAGAACGAGGAAGACGACGACGACUACAACAAGCCCUUGGACCCCAACUCCGACGACGAGAAGAUCACGCAGCUGCUCCAGAAGCACAAGACGGGCGCCGGCGGCGGCGGCAGCGCCAGCCUCCUACUCCACACGUCGGAGAACGAGGGGUCCUCUUAG